AUCGGUAGGGGCCCAAAAAAAGCGAGACAAACUACAUGACCACUACUGCAGUACAGGGACGGGCAAGUCACUAUGAGAUCGUCUCUUCUUCCAGUUACAGUCAAUACCACAAAUCGUGUAAUAUCGGACUGUGCAUGAUGUGAACAAUCCAACUAUAUACUGGUGCAGAAGGAUAAAGACAGAAGAUGACGAAAGAAACCUCUGACCAGACACCUACUAACAGGAUUGGGAAGUCCUUGGUGUCCCGAAGUAUCAGAAGGAGUACUCGGCGCUACACACCGUACGGAAAGACACCCCAGAGUAGGAGAAUUACUGUUAAAGAACCUGUAUCAAGACUUCAAAGGACACCAACAUCACGAAGAUCAGGCAGAAAAGGUGACAAGGAUGAACCAAAAGAUUUUAAAGGGCUGACAAUGAAAACCUGGAGAUCGUUCAAACUGACUCCCCUUUACGGGUUCAGUACAAAUCCACGUGAUCUGAAAAAGAUAGCCAACAUUCUCUCGGCACACAUAGAGGCAGAAAAGCGAAAAGGAAUAUUUAUGGACAAUACAUUAAUGGGAAAGGCAUACAUAAGUGUUUACAAGGACCUCAAAGUGACUGACGUUGACCCAGAAGCAAUCCAGAUUGUAGUUAAAGGAAAAAACCCAAAUGGAGAGGACAUUAUACAACUGACAGCUGUGUUAUGUGGGGUAGACAUGCAGGAAAACCAUAUUAAGAGCACCAUGCGAGAUAACUUCACAUACUUUCCUGUGAUGUUAGUGAAGGCAUCAGUCACCAUGUCGAGUGCUGUCAUCAGUUGGCUGGAGAUGCAGUACGACUGUAAAGUGACUCCUCUCACCCUGUCUUCGUACGACCUGGCAUGGAUGGUGUCCAUGUGGAGUGGGAUGGAAAAUCAAAAAGGGAAGACCAAGCCAGUUGAGUUGCUGUAUUCUGUGCCCAAGGAGUGUGAGGGCCUAACAUCUAUAAACUACAGUAUAGACCCUGAGGAUUGUAAGGACCUAUGGGAAAGAAUCCAUGACAAAGAUGAGAUUGAUUUCACCAGUGAAGAAGUUCAGGUGUUUAUUCGUUGUUUGGAAGCUCAUUUCUUUCGGGUCUUCAAGGUGAAAGUUUCAGCCAUGUCUCUAGUUCGAAUUGGAACUCCAGUAUGUAUGGUGGGCACUGAUGGACGUUUAAAGAUAUUUCUCUCUGACAAGGUUCAUGUGUUGCUGCGACACCUCACAGAAUUGGCCAUGGGUCAUACCUUUACCAAUAUAGAUAUUGUCUGAAAUGUUGGAUUGAUUUGCCCAAUUGGAUCAAUCAUGAAUGAAAAAUAAUCCAUUCUCAGCUAUCCUGAUCAUGAUAUUUAUCAAUGUUGUAUUGCAAUUUUUUCAUCAACCAUUAAAAGAGAAAUGUUUCUCUUUAAGUAUCAAUAAGUUCAGAAUGCAUUUCCUUGAUAAAAACAGCUUGGCACAUGAUUGACUUAGUAUUUAGUGACAUUGUUUUAUCUGAUGAAGGGAGGCUGUUUUACGUCACCUGAGACAAAUCUCAGCUGACCUAUUCUAAUCACCUUUGGUCCAUCGUUAUCAUCUGUCAUCCAGCCUUAAACAAUUUGCAUUUUUGACUUGUUCAAAACCCCUGAAACAAUUUCAGUGAUAUUAAGCUCAGAAUGUGUUUCUUUGAAAAAGCAACAUGGCACAUGAUAAGCAUAAUAUUUAUGCCAACCAAAAUUGUUAGUUAUAUGGUCCUCAUCCCCAAGGGGCAGGGCAAAGUUGGGUCAAAUUGACUGAAAUUUCAAAACCUUCAUCUCAGCCCAGAUAUGAUAGAAUCAAAUACUCUUCAUAGAUGGAAGAAUCUUGAGAUGCUUUACCUAAAUUGUGAAUUUUGUGGCCCUUGGGUUUCUUGUUUCCCCCUGAGAGUGGGUAAACUUUGCUAAAGUUUGUGUUAAAAGGGAAAUCAUAUUUUUGAGCAUCAUUUGUUGAAUUUGCGUUAAAGGAGUAAAUUUAACUUGCUUUGUCUUAGAUUUGUAUGCUAGAUAUUUCGUAGUUGUUUUGACACUUUUUGUUAAUUUUUAAAAACAAAAAAAACUAUCUGUAUUAAAAACAAAAAAAACUAUCAGUAUUAAGACAAACUUUGACUGUUAAGGCCAAUGGGCCUCUUGUUUUAAUUUAUAACAUGACAUCAUGAAUUGUUACUGAUCCUAAUUCAAAAAGAGGUGAGUUUUUAAUCCAAAAACAAAUAGUAUUUAAUUCUUCUUUUAGUAAAAUAUUAUAUGAGGAACAUAAAAUCACAACUUUUACUGUCUGUUUUAUUAUUUAAGAUGUUAUUAACAAAGAAUUACUGUUCAAGGGAAGAUCAGUUCAAAGUGUUUUAAAUUUAAUAUUUAAGAUAAUAAAAUCAAAACAUAAUAUUAAGUUAUUUUUAUUUGUGGAGGCUAUGUAUAAUACAUCUAUUGCUUACAUUGUAUUUCUUAUUUUUGUCCUAAUCUUUCCACUCCUCACACUAUUUAUAAACGUCACUAUGUAUAUAAUCUGUAUGUAUUGUAUCAUAUAUGUAUAUUGGAUUGAAAGCUGCAAUGUAUGAAGACAGAUGCUUAUAAAUAAAUUGUAUAGAAUUGUA